AUGAUACAGAGUGUACGCAAUAUCUAUUACAGAAUGCAGUACAAACAGUGCUUGUCGCUGUGCUUAGUGGCGCUUGUUUUGGGACAAGCAGCCGCCUUACCGCAGCAUCCCCAGUACACGCAGCAGGUGCAACAACAACAGGUCAGGGAGGAUAGAAAAUUUGCCGAGAAGCCAAACGCCAUGAAAAAGGUAGCGCUCGACGAUUUGGACGACAUCGGCACCAAUCAGAUUCAGGAAGGCGGGAGCAGCGGGUUCUCGUGGUCAAACAUGUUGAGCAUGGUGAUGCAGAUGCUGCUUGGACAACCUGGCGGGGUCGCUGGACCUAGUAAAAACGAAAUCGAUGACGGAGCACCGGCCAGUCCCUGGGCAAAUUUGCUCUCUGUUGGCCUGAGACUCCUCACAGCUUUAUUGGGUGGUCCUCAGCAACCUGUUGACGGUAUAGACAAGGUUGACAAUCAGAGCAGCACGAUGCAGGAUGUAUUGGCUGCGAUGCUGGGCGCGUUUCUAGGACGAGACAGAGACCCUAAUCAGAUUUAUUCCAUGGCUAAAAACGCUUCCGAGUUCAUUAACAUAGUGGUGAAUCUCCUGGAUGCGUUGAAGACAUCGUUCUCUCACCGUUCGUUGGCGGCUAGAUCCAUGGGAAAGCGAGACACAAUCUCCGAGGCUGCAGUCACGACACUCACUAUGCUGAAGGGUUACGUGAGGUCGCUAAAGUCUUUUAACAACGUUGGACGCUCGGAGGAUGAAGGUCAACGCGGUUGCGCCGAGAGAGCUCUUUGCGAAGCGAGUGCAGAGUGCGUUGCCAAAGCUCAAGGCACGUCGUCCGUCUUCUGUCAAUUUGGAUCGUACGCGACCAGCUAUCUGCUCCAGAGGCAGAGCGGCGUAGGCUUCGACGCUCUCUACGACGCGAGUCGACGCGGUCGCAACGGAGAGGAUUGCAGGACCGUCUUCAUGGACUGCAACGCCGUAUGAGGAAGCCUCGUUCCGAUUCGCUGACCACGAUUUAGCACCGCGGGACCUGAACAACUCCGGAUCAAUUGCUCCGUAACUUCAACAUGGAAUUUCUAGCAAUUCUUCUCUAGAACUUUCCUAUUUCAUUGAAAAGUCGACGCCCGAGUUGUUCAAGAUCCCGAGGCCUAGAUCGCACCCUAGAACGGCGAACAUUAGCUUUAGACAUAGACGUGGAACAUGCGCAAUGGACGUGUCUGAAACUAGACUGGCGGGAAUCUUGGUGACACUUUUCUCGCAAGCUCUCGAUCGACGUACUCGGUUCAUCGAGCGACAGACUGACUCGGUUGUCUUCCAGAAACAUAGCAUUAUUAAUCGAUCGAUUUCGGCGGAUCCUUUUGGGACAACAGAACGCUAAAAUUUGCCAGGAAUCCUUGGCGUACGAUGGGAAUUUUUCGGAUUCUCCGCGGACGCUCGGGAUUCGUGCACGAAAAUGAAGUACGCGAGAGAGGAGAGAAGAGUCCAUGAACAAAUGUCGCGCGCAGGCCUGACACGAACAGGCCUCGACGACGAUCACGUUAUUUAUUUAUAUUUAUUAAAUUAUAUUAAACGUAGUGGUAGCGUUUACUCGGGGCUCAAUUGGCUGCGAUGCGAACGGGGAUCGCAGCUUCGGCGUGAUCUGGUGUUCCUUGGCGAGCACGUAGAAUCUAAAUUGGUGAUAACUAGACUGCGCAUCUUUAUGCAAAAUAAUAUCUCAGCAAACGUACCUACAAAAACUGAACUUAAAGAGGAAUUUAUUUUAUGGCAAUAUUAUAAUAUGAACUUUACUUUCAAUAUUUUGUAAUAACAUUGCAUACUGUACGCAUUUUGUAAUUUCACAUUCAAAUUUCCUAUAAAUGCAUAAAAAUCCGCAGUCUAAUGAUACGAUGCGUAUGGGUGUCAAAAUGUUUUUGAUUUGACUGUAUAAGAAGUAUGACAGAUUAAACUGAGAGAUUAGUGGCUACUUGUACUCUCGAGAGUUACUGCUCCUAUUGGAACGUCUUCUGAAAGUCCUCUCUUGUUACGUUGCUCAUCUAGUCUUCAAUUUCCCCAAAUUAAAAUGUAAAAUCUCUGAACGUCGAGCUCUCUUUCUAGUGAAGACGAACAAAUUACAUACGGCCAAAAUAGAAGAAUGGGGAGUUGGCACAGUUGAGAAGAUUCUCUAAGAGACGAGGAUUACGCUGAAACAGGACUUUCAAAAAUUGUUCUAACAACGGCAGACUUCCAAGAAGACUACUUUAAGGGAAACCACUGGAAUCUCGAAUUAAUUUAUCACUUACAUUAUAGCCAAUUCAGAAACCUUUGGAUAUCCUUACGCAUCGCUAUACUGUUGCAAUGUGCGUUAUAUUCGAGGCUAAAUCCUGCGGACCCUAAUUUCUUCGACUCGCGUUUCCUUACCAGUGAGCGACGAGCGCAUCGCGCCAAUCGGAGUCCACCUUCACGUAUUUAAUCCCUAGUUUCAUCGCGGUCGCGAGACACUUUUUUCAUCAAAGGGGAGGAAGACGAGCUUAGUACUGCCGGAACUAUCGAGGUUUGGUAAUGUCGACGUGCCGUGGGCGAAGUUCGUUGUGCCACUUUCAGAUCAAUCCUCUGACAGUGGUUCAACGAGGGUUGCCCUUGAAUGACCCUCCCGUUUUCGUACGAGUUAACGCCUCAGGAUAUUAUAAUUCGUUCAGUCCCCCGUUCGAAAUUGGCUACUGUAUAUAGAAUACUAUGUACACACAGGCGAACGGGUGGAGUUUCUUCGCAAUAGGCAGGAUAUAUUUAGAUCGGUUAGCGUAUCAUCUUUGCAGUAAGUUGUAUUUACGCGCGGUACGAUUGUAUUUAAAUCAGUCUAAUAAACGGUCUCGUUGACAA